AUGGAUGAAGAAACAUAUAAUCCUGUAUAUGGUGAUAAAGCCUACGGAAUUAUGCUUGGUUUUACUCUUGGCAAUGUGGUUGGAAUGUAUCUGGCUCAGAACUAUGAUAUUCCUAACAUUGCAAAGAAGCUUGAAGAUUUUAAGAAGGAUGUGGAAGCUAAGAAGAAACCUCCCAGUGACAAGUCCUAAGAGAGCAAUGUUACCCAGGUCACCUCUGUGCAUGCAUCAAGGAUGCAAUUUACCUUUAAGGCAACAAAGAUCAAGUAAAGGGUUGGCAUGGGAGGUUCCUCCACUUUUAGUCUUCUAGAACUGGAAUGUCCCUCUUUUGAAAGAGCAGCCAUGAACUCUUCCAGGGACUGAUUUUCAAGGGUUUAAGAAUUUGGAUUUGCAGCUGAUAUGUGACUGGAUAAGAUCAUUUGUAUUUUUUGUUUAUUGCUUUUCCUAAUAUUUUGUAACCCAUUUUUACCUGAUCCAACUGGAGUUCUGUUAGACCUGUUACUAUGCGUACCUCACACUUUGUAAUACCCUUAGAACAUCGCAAAAGAAAUUAAAUGCAUCAAGAAGUAA